UCUUCUUCUGGAAUGUUGUUUUCAAUGUGCAAUCGAAUUCGGUCGCUGCAGAAAUUGUGCAUUUUUCGCAGUUUUCCAUCGUUUCCCGUGCAUGAAAUCAUAAGUUCCCGGUGCAAUUCAAUGUCCUGCAUCACGUUCCGCCAAGUGUAUUCGUGUUUCGGUCGUACCAUGAACGCUAGCGCGUGUGAACCGUGAAUUGCUUUGUGGUAGUGGUGUUGUUGUUGUUGUGAUUAGUGGCAACUGGUUUGUUUUGUUUUUUCCGCGGAUUACGAAGGAAAAUUCGCUCGUCAUUGGGAGACGACCCCGCGAAAAAAAACGGUGGAAAACACUGUGAAAGGGUUGUGAAAGAGGAAAACAGGAAAGCAAAAACAAACGAUAAGCAAAAUUAGCCCACGAUGGCAUCGCAGGGCAGCAUGCAAGAUCGCAAUAGUCUCGAGAAAUACAUUCGCCAGCUGGCGAUGAAGGCCGCACAGAUCAUUGUGCAAUCACGGUUGGGCGAGAAAAUUGCCACGGAAAGCAAUCCCAACUCCACGUCAUCCGAUUGGUUCAACAUCUCCAUCACAGACCAACAGUCCAUCCUUGAUGUGCUGGUCGAAACGAAGAAAGUCCUGCAAGAUGGUGGCCAACACGAAUCGAUCGCCACGCGCUUGCCACUGUGCGUAGAAAUUUCGCUUCAAACGGCCGAAGGUGGUAGCAUGAUAUUGGAGUUUUGGACGCUCAGCAUCAGAACGGACCAAACGAACGCACCGCAGCGGGCCAACCAGGUGAUCUACAACCGCAUGAGCCUGCUGCUCAAGUCGCUACUAUCGGUCACACGAGUAACGCCCGCCUAUCGAGUGUCGCGCAUGAAGCGCACCGAUUCGUACGACAUCUACUACCGGAUCUAUAAAGGCGAGCCCCAGACGAAUCUGUUGGGCGAUGGUUACAACCAGGUUCGCGUCGGACAGUUGUGCACACAGAUCGGAACGCUAAACAUGGCAGUGGCCUACCGGACGAAGAUUACGUUCUCACCAACCCAAACCGGACGCGACAACACGAUCAUGAUGAAGAGCGAUCACUUCCUGAAGGAUAUCAGCCCCAAGCACGUACGCUACAACUACAACAAGAAAGUCGAGAAAAAGGUUAUCGAUUUGGACAAACCGAUGCGCUGCGGUGCCUUCGUCGAUGCGUCACGUGUGAAGAAGCCCACCGAGGACGAUUACACACUGCCGGAAACGCCCCCGUUCAGCUGGCUGCUACCGAAACCACGCGAUGAAAGCACCUUCCUGCGGGACGGUGGCGAGGAUCGGGUAUCGCUCCAUUCGCCCACCAGCGUGGACGAAAACUGCUCCAACAACGCCAACAAUCUCAACAACAACACGAGCAAAGGAUCGUACGAGUCGAACAGUGGUGCUGCCGCCGGCGGUCCGAUGCAUUUCCGGCUGUCCCAAUCGCCCAAAAGUAACGCCGCGGGCACGGAAGCGAUGGCCGUACCGGGUGCAACGGUUGCGAUCCCGUCGUCCGUCGGUACGUCCCCGCCGAGCUCGUUGGGUGCCGGUGGCGAGCUGCGACGCUCGUCACGGUGGUCGAUACGGCGCGAUCCGUCCGAGAACGAGCGGAUGCUGAAGGAGCUACGGUUUGCGUUCGCGGAAACGACGGCCCAGGGUGAGCUGGCGAAGUUUUUGCGCGAAUGUUCCAACGCACCGACGCUGCAGGAGUUCGGUAUGAUGCGGUCGAGCGGGGCGGACACGAUUACGGAGGACGAGAAUAUGGACGGUAGCCGGAUACUGACCGAGGCGGAUACGUGCCCGGACAGUGGGGAGGAGCAGGAGGAGGACGAUGUGCUGAACGACCUAACCCGCCAGCUGGAGCAGUUCGAAACGUCCCUGCCAGAGUACGAAUAUCUCGUGUCGUCGCUCUGCCAGUCGAUAGACAGCAAUUCGAACAGCUAAGGAGGAGUAGGAGUGGUGGCGAAGCGUUGGCAGGCAUGCCGGGAUUAUUAUUAAUUUUAACGAGAGAACCAGAACUGUCGACUGAUAUUUUUUGAUGAUAUUCAUCUUGUCACACAAACACACAUACAUGUUAAGGAUGGACUGAUUGGAUUUGACCAAUUCGCUCUGUUCCCGUUGACGGAUGGCAAACUACUUCCCCGUUUGGCCCAUGUUCGGGACGCGAACCGGCACAGGGUGAUUCGUUCUCCUAACCAUUCGCGCAUGUUUACAUACACAAAGAAACACGUACACACACACACAGACAAAGUAAAUGCAUUAUGCGGUAAAGAUGAAGGAUUCGGCAGAGCGAAAACGAUUGUAGCAGCGGCCAAAGAGGGAAUGUUAGGGAAGCCAUGGUUUGUUGAUGAGCGACCCGGAGGGGGGCAUAAAAAUAGGGUAAAUGGGCCAUAAGGGUUUUGCCGAAACCAUGUUUCCUUGCCUUAGCCAUUUAACGAAACAAAGCUCCGUAGCUUUUAGGGGUGUGCUGUGCCCACAUGUCUGUGUAAAAAUCAUCUACAUCUAAUCGAUACAUCGAUGAAUCAAAGUUCCUUAGCGCGUGUGCGUGUGUGAGGAGGGACGAUCGUCGUCGGUACGAUUGCUACCUCCGAUCUAUCUAACAGAAGACGCAUUCAUUUGCGGAUUAUUUCUUUAUCCCUUUGUGAAGACAAAAUUACGCUACUAUCCGCCAUAUUGCAUACGCUGCACAAUCGCGCACACAGAGAAGCACGCGCGGCAAAGGAAAGCUUUCCGCCAUGUUGUUGUUUUGUUUUGCCUUUUUUUUUGCAUAUCAGAGUGCGGUUUUUGCACUCUUCACGGUUCUUUCAGCGAACCAACCAAAUUGGCUUUAAAUCACUUUUUCCUUUUCUUUAAUUGGUUUGCUUUAAGCGCGAUUUAGUAGGGUUAUAGGGAGGUAGAGAAGAACCAGCACAGCAAGACAUUUUAUUUUGAGGACGGGUUUUCCCUGGAGUACGUACGUUCUUUGUGGAAACAUUUUCUUCACGCCCUUCGCUUCCACGCUUUUUUGUAAAUAGUGUUUUCCUUUAAUUUUAUUGCCUAUCAUAUUGUCAUAUAGAAAGCCCAUUUGUGUGUGUAUAUAGAGUCACAGCUCAUUUAUCAAACCUUUUUUCGAUGUUAGGCGUGUGGAAGCUUUGGCGUGUGAAAUCAAAAGAAAAUGUUUACCAUAUCGAACGUAAAUGGCAAAUAAAGAUAAAACUCUACCCACUACCCACUGUACGAAAAUCUAUUAAUCAAAAACUCAUCGUUACAAGCCAGACACAGAAACCAUCGCCGGAGGGUUCGUCUCCCUCACUACUAUUGUUAUUCACGGUUUUCUAUCCGUUUUUGUCAGAUUAUAUUCAAUUGGAGCCAAACUGAUAGGGGGUGUGAUAUGAUUAAAAGGGUGUUUAGUAACAAAAAAGGGGAUGCAAUGUGCGAAUUGCAUCAAAUCAAUCGAGCGACUUAGAGACGAGCAGCAGUAGAGGAUGUGCGCGUGCAACUGCAGUUUAAAAAAUAUAAGCCUAAUGAAGAAUGA